UUCAUCAGCGAAAGCUAUGGCAUGAACUGACUCUCAAGCUGGAACAGUUUCUCGACUCUCGCGUGGCUAAGAUAAAAGCUUGUUGAAGACCUUACCUGUGUUUGGAUCCUUCCUUUGGUGGAAUGUAUCGCCGUUCGCUGACUCCUACGCCUUCGGUUCUUGGAUACGCACAAGGGGAGGAGGGGCGAAUGCAGAGACACAGAUGUCGAAGAAAGAGUACCGCUUUUGCAGCGUGUGCCGCCUUAAUCAUAAUCAAGGUCGGCAGCAUGUCUACACUAAUCGGCAUCGCAAAAAUCUUGACAGUGCAUUAAGUAAAGCCCUCGUUAAGGUAGAGUAUGUGAGAUGCCUGUUGGAAUCAUCGCCGUUAUCAUCAUCGGCCGAACGUGUGAACCAAUCAACCGCUGGUAAAGGCCAAUCAACAGCUGUUGACGAUGAUGAUGACGAUGAUGAUGAUUACACGGCGGCGAAGCGAAAGCACGGAGGAGGAGGAAUCAAAGACGAAGCCAAAAAGGGGGGGGGAGCAGAGGCAACGACGGCGUGGGGAAGAGGGUACAAGUGGUGGUGUGUGUUUUGCGCUGAGGAGAUAGAUGAUAGCAGCAACAACAGCAGCAGCACGACGAGAACCGCCACGUCCAGCGCAAAAAAUUCCCGGGAAAAUGUCGACACGCGGGAACAUCAGGCUGCUGACGUCCGGAAAUGGCACCAAGCACCCGGGGAGUUGUCGAUCAGCCACCGGGCGAACACGGCCACCUCCAGCGCGAAAAAUUCCCGGGAAAAUGUCGAUGCGCGGGAACAUCAGGGUGCUGCCGUCUGGAAAUGGCGCCAAGUUCCCGGGGAGCUGUCCAUCCGCCACGUGGCGAGCGGGGAGCACUUCGAGAACGUGAAGAAGUUCUGGGAUGAGCAUGGCGUGGAGGUGAGGAAAAGGCGGCAAUACGUUAUUUCUCCGCAGGAGCUUAGCGCAUGGGAGAAGAGGCAGGAGAGAGGGGGGAGCAGCGUCGAACAAGGCAGUGCACAGGAGGAAGUACUGGCUCCUCCUAGAGAUGGGCAGCUCUCGAGCCGGCCAGGGAGGAGGGAGGAGGAGGUGGAUUAUGCCGCUCCUGCUGACGAUGGGUACGGGCGUAUCGCUGAGAGCGAGUUGGGAACAUCUUACAGAGAAACAGGGGGGUUGCUGUCGGAGAAUGUCGGGGCUUGUACUAGUAGCGUGAUAGCGAAGAAAGGUGGAUGGGUGGCUGGUGUAGCAGCAGCAGCAGGAGGAGGAGGAGGAGGAGGAGGAGGAGGAGGAGGAGGAGAAGGUAGUGGAGUUGGUCUGGGAGGACAUGGAGAAGCGGGGGAAGUUGUUGGAAUGAGUUUAGGAAGGGAAGACAUGUAUGUGGUGCAUAAUGAGGGACAGAUUCGACCAGGGGGCGCAAAGAAGAUUGAGCAGCCCAAGCAAUUCAAGACGAUCAUCAGUCCUAGGGGCAUUCUCCAGAACCCGACUGGCUGGCAUGAUGGGAUGCGGGUGUGGGGAGGGGGUAUUGUGAAGCUAAGGAGGGCGGAGAACCGUCUUCCAUGGCCAAUUGACCUCGAAGACGAGCAAUCGGACAUGGAGGGGGGGGGGGAAUUAUUGCCUCUGAUGGGCGCCACAGCUGUCUCCGCUCAACACGGGAGUCUGGCACAGGUUAGUGGUCGGCGGGGAGGAGAGAAGGAGAAGGAGGAGGUAGAAGCGAAUGUGCACACGGGUGCUCCUCCGCCGUGGAUCUAUCCUCGAGAGAUCGAGGAGGAGAAGAAAUUGUCCCGCACGCAGAAAAAAAGAAGAAAGUUUUUGCGUAAUCCGAAUAGAGUCGGAGCUGCGUGGGCUGAGAGGAGAUUGGCAGAAAUGUCUGCGGCAAGGGCGAAGGCGGCGCAGCGGACGGAGGAAAUGAACGAUGCUGGGGAGGAGGAGGAGGGAGGAGGAGGAGAAAGGGAGGAGGAGGAGGAGGAGGAGAGGAAGCAGGCCGGCAGUGGAGGUGAUAACUGGUUCCCAAGGUAUGGUAGAGUUUGGCAGAGUGGUCCCCGCAAGGAGACGAUGCGGGAGUUCGAGUGGGAGCUGCGCGCCGAGCGCCGAAGAACCGCCAACGAAGAGAACAGGAGGAAGGAGAAGGAGAAGGAGGUCGCCCUCCGACCGUACGUUAGCAAACGCCCGAAGACGUGAUUUUUUGGGCGUCAGGGGCGAGCGCGCGUAUUCGUCGUCGAUUCCCGCCAUUUUUGAAACGGUUGGAGUAUUCUGUCUUCUGCUUAAACCCGGUGGAAUAUUUGUAACAUCGACCUUCUUGGUAAGGUCUUACAUUGACAACGUCAGAAGAUGUUUGAUGUUUCCGUCGGUGCAGUGCUGGUGCCAUGAUAGGACUCCACACAUUGCUUUUGCGAGGAGGAAUUAGUCCCUUGAAAGUGUUCAGAUAGGCCGUGCCGGGCCUAAGUGAAGACGGGCCUGCAAAUGUGCACCGGUGGCCCUGAUGGGGCCCCCACAGCAAGCAUAUGUGCCCGCCCUAAGUGAAGGCGGGCCCCCAUCUGUCGAUGAGGGCCUUGUUCGUCAAUUGUGCAAAGUCUUGGUGCGCGCCAGUCAGUUGCCCCGCACCAGUUGGUUACGUCCUCAACAGUUGUGGAAAUCAGAACUACCCGUGAGCCUUCCGGGUUCUUCCGGAAGGCUGGGACUGUGGGAACUUACAUGCGGGCCUUGAAAUCCACAUCAGGCCCAUUUUUGCCAUAUCUGCAUUUGGGGCCCAGACAGUUAUGACACGCCAGUUGGUUAUAUAAGCGCAGAUCACGGGCAACAAUAUCUUGUUUCAGCCGUCUAGGCCCUUCCUGGAAGAAUGUGGAAGCAGGCCUGGAGCCGGUCAGAAAACAGGGAACAGUACGAAGCACGACUGGCAGUUGGGCAUGUGUAACGGAAUGAGGUCCUGGGAAAAAUUCGUGCGGGGCUCAGCCCCAGCUACUUGGGGCCUACCGGAAGCUUCGGGGCACAGGACGAGGCAGGCCAGGCAGCUCAUGAGUAGCAGCCACUUUCCAGAAAGGAAAGUGCCUGCCUGCUGGCAGGGAGGCGGGCACUAGGCAGUGCAUGCGGAAGUCCUGCUGGAGCGUGCGCUGGCAGGCUGUGCGUUGUGCACUAGCGCUAGGUGCUAGGCAGUGCGUGCGGGCGCUGGAAGAAUACAGGGGGCUGCUGAGGGCAGCGCCAUAACCAGCCCUACGUAGCCAGGGCUUGGCUUGGAUAGCAAGUGGAGGUGGUGGUGGUCUUCGUGUAUGGGGAGGAGUACAUGGGUAGAGAACAGGAGGGGGGAGAGAGAGAGAGAUGAGGAUGAUGAUGUGAGGGCAUGUACCUGGUCUUGGCGAUGGGCCACAGGGUCGACAUCUUCAUGUACUUCAGUUGUUGCUGCUGACAUCAACAGGUUGCAUUGUCAAUUCGUAGGCUGGUAGUAGCUGUGUGAUUGUAGUCUGGGCGCUGAGCGCCAAGGAGGAAGGGUUCUGGAUACAUAUGUUGGUGGUGGCGAGAGAAUGCUCUCAUCGACAUUCGGAUUCGGUGCUUUUGUUCUCCGUUGGUGUAAUAUCAACGCAUUUCUGCGUUCUGGUCAGCGUUGGACUUUCUGGCUUUCAAGUUUCAAUGUGAUUUUGCAUUCUGGAUUUCUGUCAUUUCACUAACGCUCAUUUUCCUUGCACCUUAAUGUGGACUCCACCAAUG